AUGCUUGCUGAACUAUGCCGCGUUUUGCUGUCUGAGAUGGGAUUGCCAAUCGAAGUGCUAACUGAAACGGUGAUCGCAGUAGCGGAAGCCAUUCGAGGGAAUUAUACAAACCAAGAAUACUUUGCCAACACUACCCUUAUCACCAAUGAGAAUCUUACCAGAUCGUCACUUGUUGUGUUGCUGAUCUCUAUGACAGCUGAGAAGCAACCAUUCAAGAUGCGUUGCGCUGUUUUCUAUUGCUUCCUUUCAUAUCUGCACGACAACGAGUUUGGAAAAACGAAGGUGAUUGAAACAUUGCUGCCGACUAAUCAACCGGAUACCACUUUUUCAACGGGCUCUUUGAUUUGCCAGGCCAUUACCUCAAGUGAGUCGGUCCAGUGCUGGUUCGGUUGCGUAUCGCUUCUUUACUGCCUACUAGACGUCGAACAUCUAAGGUCAUCACUUGAGCAACUCGUGGAGCGACGUGUCGGUCGUGAUACAGUGAUUGGAGCUAUCGAAGGACUAUCACGAACGGAACAAUUUGUUCGCGCUGCUCAAAAACCACAACCGCUCACGAAGACACCAAACGAGUUAUUCUUGGACUAUCAUUUCAUCAAAAUGUUCAAGUCAUCAGAAAGCCAACUGAUCAAAAUGUUACGACCUUCUGGUGAAUUCAACGGGACGGCUUCAAAUGAUAAUAUUAUUCAAUCGUUUAAGGACCUUAUUAAACGACAAGAUGAAGAGAUAGCAGUUCUGAAGCAAGAGGCAAAGCGAGCUGCUGCUCAAAUCGAACAGUUACAGAAAGAGAACGAUAAGACGGAACUGGAGCGUGAACUGGAGUCGGUUAGGAAGAGUUUAGAAGACAGCCGCCUACAGAAUGUACAGACGGAAGGCAUGCAGCUUCAGAUGCAAGAAAUGUAUCGGUAA